AUGUAAGAGCAGCGUAUUUAGUGUUUGGCUGAAGGUGGAAACGAACACAUUUGAGGCUGAAUUCAGGAACUUUGUCCAUAAACACUGUAGUGUCAUCAAAAAACAUGGAUGUCCUUUAUGAGCACUUUGUGUCAGUGUGGACGUGAAGGAAGUCUGACACUGGUUCCACAAUGAAGUCAAAGACCAGGUCCAGACGGUCCAGGUCCAGACUGACCAGGUCCAAACUGUCCAGGUCCAGUCUGUCCACAUCCAGAUUGUCCAAGUCUAGUCUGUCCAGGUUCAGAGUGUCCAGAUCUAGAAUAUCCAGGUCCAGGCUGUCCAGAUCCAGGCUGUCCAGGUCCAGAGUGUCCAGGUCCAGUCUGUCUAGUUCCACACUGUCCAGGUCCAGUCUGUCCAGGUUCAGUCUGUCCAGGUCCACACUGUCCAUAUCCAGUCACUCCAGAUCCAGAUUGUCCAAGUCUAGUCUGUCCAGGUCCAGAGUGUCCAGAUCUAGAGUGUCCAGAUCCAGGCUGACCAGAUCCAGACUGUCCAGGUCCAGGCUGUCCACGUCCAGAUUCUCCAAGUCUAGUCUGUCCAGGUCCAGAGUGUCUAGAUCCAGUCUGUCUAGUUCCACACUUUCCAGAUCCAGUCUGUACAAGUCCACUCUGUCCAGGUCUAGUCUGUCCAGGUCCAGUCUAACCAAAUCCAGACUGUCCAGGUCUAGUCUGUCCAGGUCCAGUCUGUCUAGGUCCAGUCUAACCAAAUCCAGACUGUCCAGGUCUAGUCUGUCCAGGUCCACACUGUCCAUAUCCAGUCACUCCAGAUCCAGAUUGUCCAAGUCUAGUCUGUCCAGGUCCAGAGUGUCCAGAUCUAGAGUGUCCAGAUCCAGGCUGACCAGAUCCAGACUGUCCAGGUCCAGGCUGUCCACGUCCAGAUUCUCCAAGUCUAGUCUGUCCAGGUCCAGAGUGUCUAGAUCCAGUCUGUCUAGUUCCACACUUUCCAGAUCCAGUCUGUACACGUCCACUCUGUCCAGGUCUAGUCUGUCUUGUUCCAUAUUGUCCAGGUCCAGUCUGUCCAGGUCCAGUCUAACCAAAUCCAGACUGUCCAGGUCUAGUCUGUCCAGGUCCAGUCUGUCCAGGUCCAGUCUAACCAAAUCCAGACUGUCCAGGUCUAGUCUGUCCAGGUCCAGUCUAAGCAAAUCCAGUCUGUCCAGGUCCUGUCUGUCCAGGUCCAGACCCACCACAGACCGGUCUUUCCUCACUGUCUUGUUGAGCCUGUUGUCCUCACCAGUCCUAACGCCGCCCCCCCAGUACUACACUAGCCCCCAUGGACUGGUAGGAGGUCUAGAGGAGUCCCCUACAGACACCGGACCACCUCAGGAAGAACAUCCUGCUCUGAUUUUUGGCAAAAAAUAAAAACUACAAACGUAUCUAUGACAACUAAUAUUCUUAAUACAAACAUUAGUAAAACCUCCUGUGUCAUCACCAUUUUUUGGAAUCAUUUAAUACAUUUUUCUUCUCAAAAAACUCUGGUCUUCUUUAUUUUUCUUCUUUAAAUCCUCUGCUCUUCUUCUUGGUAUUUGGCCUGUAUGUUUCUUCAGAGCGGCGCCCUCUGGUGGACUGAUGACAAACACAUUCCAACACAGCGGCUGCAUGGCAGUAUAAAGGCAGUGACGUUUCCACUGUUGGCCACUCUGUACUGUCUGCUUUUAUGUCUGCUUUUAAGUUACUUUCAUGCCCUGUUUAAAUAGAACCCUUGGGGAUAAAUAAAGUGUGUUGAAUUGAAUUGAA